CCCCCGUCCAUGCACUCCCGUUCGACUUCAGGGCUUUCUUGUGUGGAGGAGUGCGAGGACGUUCAGCUGUCCUCUGACUCCUCCUGCAAGGAUCCCACCCCUCAUGGUGAAGUGGUAUCGACCGAGGGGGAAGAAGUUGACACGGGAGGGGAGGGGAUCAUAGGCCUUGUUCAGGGAAGUCUUUCUCCUGUUCAAGGCCCGUUUGGGAAGGAUUACUUGGUUGAGUAUGGGGAGAUGGUAUCAACGGGCUGCGAAGCCCUGACAUUCUCCCAAUAUCAACCAUUCUCAAACAACCAAGUCGUCGAUGAGGAUGGGCUUGUUGCUCCAGUGGGGAAAUACAACCUUGAGGUGCAACAUUCUCCCCUACCUUUUUUCGGCGAGCGUGGAAAUAUGCUUGAUGGAAUCGUACAUUCUUCUGGCGAACAGACUCAGACGGCAAAAGGCGAUGCUUCUUCUCCAACAUCAUUUUGUCCUCGUUGUCCAUACGAUGACAUGACGCCAGAGUUGCAAGCGCUUUUCUCUUCAUCCCGAAGGACGUCUUCUCCCUUGGAUGCAUUUGUGAGAUCCGAUGACGAAGAGAGUGAGAGAGUGAAUUUUCCGGAUGAGGAACGGAUAGAGAAAGAAAAUCAGCGGACCAGGGAGAUCUCAACUUACGAUCCUGAGUCUCCUCCUCUUUCUUCUUUUCAGUCUGCUUCUCCUCUUCCUUUGUCAGCUCCUGAUGUCCAUGAGGCGGUCUCCUUGUCGUUCGAGGAACAUGUUUUCGAGUAUGUGAGCAGGAACGCGGGUGACGCGGUGACCAACCUGAAGAAAAAGUCUGUGAGGCGCAUCAUCGAGGUCAAGAAGCUGUUUGAAAGGCUCGUUCAAGAGAAAGUCAUUAAAUGCUCCGGCAUUGAUGCAAGUAUCUUCGGCUUUCAGGAGCUGCAAGUCUCUGAUCUAGCGCGCUUCGUUGAGGCAGCGACUUUGAUGGUGAAGAACAAUGAUGGCGGAUGCUGGCGCGGCAACGGUGUGACAAUCACGUACUGGGCUUGGCCUGUGUACGAUCUUCUGCGAAUGUGUGGCAUCGCCCCUGCUCGUCAUCAUUGCAGAAAAUCUGCGAAACCGUUCAAGGCUCGUUGUUUGAACUUCGAGUCAUGGAACUUCGACAUGUCCCGUUUGAAGAGCAACUGCCAUCGACUCAACAAAGGAUGAAUGGAUCGAUAUCCAGCAGUUUACAAGCAUACUUUCUACAGGCUCUUUCAUGAGUUUUGGUAAUCUUCUGUGCCUGGAUCGGCUUUGAUCAGGAAAAAAUACCAAAAAAAUGAUACAUAAGCUUUGAGAAAAUCCCCCAAACAAAUGGUAAGUAUGCGUCGGAUGGUGUGCGUGUGCAAUUCCGAUAGCUAAUAAUUAUAAUAAAUCAAAAAACAACCC